AUGCCUUCGGCAGUUGCACCUCUCUCCACAAAGUCGCCCAUACCAACCACAUUGACGUCACAUCCUGGCAAUCCUGUGCCAGAAGAGCCUCACAACAUACCGCAUAUAAAACUGCCCGGUAUCACUCAUGAUUCCACGUCGACGGCCUCAAACCAGUCUGUCUCUGCGCGCUCUGAAAGCGACGCGGACACCGCCGAAACCCCCAUCACGGAACACUCCGACGUCGAUGAACAAAACGAACUGCGCGUAAGCAAACGGCGGGCAUCGACUGCUCUCAUAUCAGAAAGCUCCGAGGAUGUCCAGAGGAUACUUGGUAACAUCGGUACUGGUGGCACGCAACUGGUGGAAAAGAUUUGCUGCGGUGGUGGUUGCUGUCUAUCCCAGCCAUUGCUGGGCCCGGACCAGGUUAUCCUGAACCCAAUUCAAACACCAGACAACGCCGCUUAUCGAAGCUUGAACUUGAAGAUUCGUACUCUCGCACUAGACAGCGAAUUGAGUAAUGUUGUUCCUCUUCCGGAGAAAACAGUCUCAUUUGGUCCUGUUUCUGGUGACGCUGUGGACGUCCAGUUGGGACCGAAGGAUCAUCCGCCUGAAUUUGUUCAACCCCACCCUCCGUAUAAUGUCUUUCGAGCGCCAUUGCACCACGCUCGUGAGCUUACAAAGCCCGGUGCUGAGAAACGCACAUAUCAUUUCGACAUUGACGUGACUGAUUAUCCCGUUGAGGGUGGAGAUGUUGAUUUCGUCGUCGGCGGGGCAAUCGGAGUUUGUCCGAUGAACAGUGAUGAAGCUGUAGACAGCGUGUUGGAUUGCCUCGGCACUCCAAAGCCAAUCCGCGAUAAAAAGAUAAUAGUGCGCACCACUUCUGGACGCUGGCCGACCAUUUGGGGUGACGACCAAGCCCGGGAACUGGUGACUACGCGCCGGGAAUUGCUGAAAUGGUGCUCCGAUAUUCAAAGCUAUCCUCCGACCAAACAGCUUCUCCGUGUUAUGGCGGAGUAUGCGUCGGAUCCUCACGAGAAGAAAAUUCUCACGUUCCUUUGCUCCGGUCAAGGACAGAAUGUCUUCUGUGACCUGCGAACCGGAGCGCAUGUCUCAAUUGAACAGCUCUUGCAAGCUUUUCCGUCAAGUCUUCCACCUCUUGACCACCUACUUUCAGUUCUGGGAGCGCUCAUGCCACGCUUCUACUCCCUUUCUCAGGACCCGACUGUUUCCUGCACUACGCGCGGCGAAGACUGUCGGCGCAUGAUUGAAAUCGCAGUGACGGUUCAUGAAACGAACGACUGGAAGCGCGGAACGCGUUCCGGCGUCGGUUCUGGAUUUUUGCAGCGUCUCGCUGAUCAAGUAAUUGCCGCGGAACGCAACGGCAUUGAUCCGAAGACGCUGGAUUUGCAUGUGCCCAUGUUCCGUGGCCUUAUGAAAAAUCCUCUGGCCCGGGAGUUUGUGCUCGACGGACCGAUGCUACUUAUUGGGGCUGGAGUUGGCAUUGCGCCGUUCCGCGGGUUUGUGCAACGACGACUCAAGUCGGCCAACUGCGCGAACAAGGUGUGGGUUCUACAGGGGAUUCGCGAUUCUCUGCUCGACGAGCUGUACAGUGGCGAAUGGGGGGUGCAUGAAGAGCAGGUUAAGAAAGUGGUACAGAGCCGACGAGGUGAGAGCCGGUACGUGCAGGAGGAAGUGCGGCAUCAGGCGGACCUGGUGUGGUUUGUGAUCAACGCGCUUGACGGGCGGGUUUUUGUCUGCGGUAGCAGCAAGGGCAUGGGCGAGGGCGUUGAGGAUGCGCUGAUUGAGGUUGCCAUGGCCAAGGGCAAUCUGAAUUUCGAGGAGGCGAAGGAGUUUUGGGAGAGCAAGAAGGAGGCAGGGCAGUACAUUGCAGAAACAUGGUAA